ACUUUGCAAGUUCAAGAGAAAGGGUGAGACGGCAAGGGAUGAAGCAUGGAGGAAAAAUGCGGAUACUCACAAGAUGGAUACAGGAGAUCAAAGGAGAGCAACAGGGGUGGAGCAGUCCAAGAGGCCACCGGGACACCACCUGUAACAACAAAGAAGCAGGCUGCCCUUCAGCAUCACCACCAUUGCCAUGUCCGGCCUCCUCCUCAGCGCCGCCAUUGGGUACAUGGUGUUUUAUACGAAAAGAAGGGCGGAAGUCGCCACCAUGGAUUUUUUUGCAAAGGAGGCCGCUGUGGAUGUUGCUUAGGUGGUCACAGGGGUCGCAGACCACAGGGUUACUCACACCAGAAAGUAGAUACAGAUGAGACCUAGGCAAACAGUUUCUAUAUAGUCCUUUUUUGUAGAACAUAUGGAACCAAGCAAAUUCUUGUUCUUAAGCUAGUAAAUGUAAUGAAAGUUUUCGGUUUUC